CCGAGAGGGGACCGGUGGCCGCGGCGAGAGCGCGCCAGCCCCGCCGCGAUGCCCCCGCGCCCAGGACGCCUCCUCCUCCUGCCGCUCGCCGCGCCGCCGUUGCUGCUGCUGCUGCUGCUUGGCCAUGGCGGCGGCGCGCGCUGGGGCGCCCGGGCCCAGGAGCCCGCGACGGACGGGAGCCCCGCGGCCGGCGGCGGGGAGGGAGUCGGGCCCGGGGCUGCGGAGGACCCGCACGCCAAGCACCUGUACACGGCGGACAUGUUCACGCACGGGAUCCGGAGCGCCGCGCACUUCGUCAUGUUCUUCGCGCCCUGGUGUGGACACUGCCAGCGGCUGCAGCCAACAUGGAACGACCUGGGAGACAAGUACAACAGCAUGGAGGACGCCAAGGUCUACGUGGCUAAAGUGGACUGCACGGCCGACUCGGAUGUGUGCUCCGCCCAGGGUGUGCGGGGCUACCCCACCCUGAAGUUCUUUAAGCCUGGCCAAGAAGCAGUAAAGUACCAAGGUCCUCGAGACUUCCAGGCGCUGGAGAACUGGAUGCUGCAGACGCUGAACGAGAAGCCAGCUACACCAGAGCCGGAAGUAGAAGCACCCAGGGCCCCCGAGCUCAAGCAGGGGCUGUACGAGCUCUCAGCCAGCAACUUUGAGACACACGUGGCACAGGGCAACCACUUUAUCAAGUUCUUCGCGCCAUGGUGUGGUCACUGCAAAGCUCUGGCCCCAACCUGGGAGCAGCUGGCUCUGGGCCUCGAACAUUCAGAAACUGUCAAGAUUGGCAAGGUCGAUUGCACACAGCACUACGGACUUUGCUCAGAAAACCAAGUCCGAGGCUACCCCACCCUGCUCUGGUUCCGUGACGGGAAGAAGGUGGAUCAGUACAAGGGAAAGCGGGACUUGGAUUCGCUGAGAGACUAUGUGGUGUUGCAGCUGCAGGGGCCGGAGACGGGCGCCCCUGAGACCGUGGAGCCCUCAGAGGCCCCAGUGUUGGCUGAGGAGCCCACAGGGGACGAGAGCACCGUGUUGGCACUCACUGAAAAGAACUUUGAUGACACCAUUGCGGAAGGAAUAACCUUUGUCAAGUUCUAUGCCCCGUGGUGCGGUCACUGUAAGAAUCUGGCGCCCACCUGGGAGGAACUCUCCAAAAAGGAAUUCCCCGGCUUGGCAGAGGUCAAGAUUGCUGAGGUGGACUGCACGGCGGAGCGUGAUGUGUGCAGCAAGCACUCAGUCCGGGGCUACCCCACAUUGCUGCUCUUCCGUGGGGGUCAGAAGGUGGGUGAGCACAGCGGUGGUAGAGACCUUGAGGCUCUGCACCACUUUGUUCUGCGCCAGGCGAAGGAUGAGCUGUAGGGGCGCUGCCGGACUCGCCCGUCCUAGCACUGGUGAAGGCUGAUGCAGUGGUGACCCGGAGCGGAGCAGAUCGCACCAGACGGUGGCAUCGUCUUUGUGUGCAUUUAAGCCGACACACGCUGCAGCCUCUUUACUGAGUUUCUCUAAGUCAAUGUGUAAUUCUUGGUCACUGUGCAAACUGAGUAUUUUCAGGGGUGGUCCAGCCCCCUUAGUCCCUCAAUAAAAUUAAAUGGUUUCCUUUGAGACUAAAAUAGAGUUGAGGGAAAGCAAGUCGCUGGACUCUUUCUAACUUUGAAGUAAUUGUGGCAAAAGCAUUAUUCAAAAGCCUAGGUUUUUUUAACUGCCCUGGAGCGGUGUGAACGUGGCCUUGCAGCGGGACUGAUUCUGUCUGAUCCGAAGGUCAUGGUGGACUCUUAAUGACUCGGACUGUAGCUUGGGAAACCCACGCUCCGGAAGAGCCCCCAUGGCCACCACUGGAGUUUCGGCUCUGCUUGGUGCCAGGCUGCCUGUAACGCAGGUCCCGAUCUGCCACUCACCAGGGAGAGAUACCCUCAGUGCCUAGCGUGAGCCUGCAGCCCGGGCCGUGAGCACCCUGAGCUCCUGUGUCUUCCCUAAGAAAGUGGCGGGUCCUGACUGUCCCCUGCGCUCCCGAGAGAUUCUGGCUCCCUUUGCUGCCUGGAUAGGGGGCCCAGACCGGCCUUCUAGCCUGGGGACCCAGGGCCCUGCAGCCCAGCUCCAGGGCCCCCUCAGAACAGAUUCUGCGCUUGCUGUGUGCUGUCGGCCUUACGUGUGAACAGUGGGACGUGGUGGACUCAAGACCAAAGACUGAGGUCAGCAGGGCUGCGCAGGCCGACGCUGGCGUCCUCCUAACUCACGCCAUCCUGGUUAUUGAAGAUUUCUGUUGACCCUCGGACAUACGCAGCUGUGGGACUGAGACACAGACCUGUCACCUUUACCAUCGAGUUCCUUUUUGUGAUCACCAUUCUGUGGCCCGCACCCCGCCCCAGCCCCGGACACUGGCCACACGCAGCUGGGGGCAGGAAGCUCAGAGACAGGACCACAGCUACUGUCUGAGGCCGGCGGUAACAGAGCAGCGUCUCGGCCAGCCUCUGCCUUACAGGACAUCUUUAUUAACCUCGGAAGGUCACAGGCAUGCAGUGAAAGAGCCCAGCUUUCUCGAAGGCCAGGGCCCAGUGGCUUCAGCUUUGCAUCAUGAGUCUUGAAUUCAGAUCAAGGUGGUACGAUUUGUUUACACUAUCCUUUCUAAAUAAACCUAAAAAACA